AGGCUUUCACCACUGGUGGUGGUGGGGGAUUUGGCCAGGUUUAUAUUUUUUCACGUUAAGUGGUUCACUUGUUUGCUAACUCUUUUGAGAUUAAUUAUAAUGAUCACAAUAUUAAGAACCUAUUGUGGUCUUGGUGGGGCAGGAGCUCAGGGAAUCAACUUCAAGAUCUUGUUUUCAAACCUUUCCUCCCUUUGUUAUUGUGAAAAUCUGGAUAAAAAUGUGCUUCUAGAUAUGUCAGCUGAUAUUUCUACUGGUAAAGUUGUGCAUGAUUCAGCUUUAAUAUGAAAUAGCUAAUGAGUUUGAUGAGAUCAAGUUAACUUCUAAUUGGAAGGAAAUCUGUACUAUAGUGGAUAACUAUAGAUAAAACUGAUUUCUUUCCCAAUGUAUUGGCUCAAAUAAGAGAAAUAUUCUUUCAAACUUAAUACAGAUAGUAGCUCAAUGGAAAGUUAGAACUGCAUGUGCUUUCUCUAGGGAUCACAACACUAUUGUUAUGGUUUUCACUAUCCCUGCCUUAUUGUACUAACAAUCUAGCAGAAGCCAUGGCAGCUAACACUUAUUGACAAUGUGAUUUUGGAGAUGGCUCCAAGAUCAUUGUUGUUUCACUGGAAAUAGGACUCCCUCAUGGAAAUUACUGGAAUGGAUUUCAAAGAUCCAAAGAAAUUUAGCUACUAUACAUGGUGAAUCCACUCAUUGCUAUAGAGAAGCUAAUAUAGUGGCACACUUGCUAAAGCUGGAUAAAUCACAAACACCUCAAGAGUCUAUUUUAAGUUUGAACAAACACCUCAAGAGUCCACCUUCAAUUUUGCCCCUAAGCUCGAAGAAAGUAAAGAAGCAGAUGGCAAUAACGGAGGAAGCAAACCAAAAGUCCACUUUAUCCCCACCUAAUUCCUACACAGCAGUCGUUCUUGGAGGUACUUUUGAUCGUUUACACGAUGGUCACCGCCUUUUUCUUAAGUCGGCAGCUGAAUUGGCGAAGGAUCGCAUUGUUAUUGGUGUUUGUGAUGGUCCAAUGUUGACUAACAAACAGUAUGCUGAUCUAAUAGAGCCUAUUGAGCUAAGAAUGCAAAACGUUGAAGAUUAUAUAAAGUCUAUAAAACCAGAGCUGGUGGUGGAAGCAGAAGCAAUUGUGGAUCCCUAUGGUCCGUCAAUCAUCGAUAAGAAUUUGGAGGCCAUUGUUGUCAGCAAGGAGACAUUGCCUGGCGGACUGUCUGUGAAUAGGAAGAGGGCUGAAAGAGGCCUCUCACAGCUAAAGAUAGAAGUUGUAGAUCUAGUCUCUGAAGAAUCAAGUGGAGACAAACUGAGUUCUACUGCUUUGAGAAAGCUUGAAGCUGAGAAGCUCAGAGACCAUCAUCCAGAAAGCCAGAGCUAACUUUUUCUAGUCUAUACACAAUAUCAAAGGAGUUUCUCUUUGUUUUAUUUCAAGUUGUUCUUUUGGGGAUGAAAAUGUCUUGGAAAAUAAUAAUCUCUUCAGAAUCAUACACUGGAGUUGUUCUCACAGUUACUUGUAAAUCUAUAAAAUGUUCAUUGAUACAUCUCUGUUUCUCCUUUUCCUUA